AUGGAGCCAUCUUCCAACAAUGGAGCGGGGAAGGUGGGUGGCGACGGUAAGGGCGGAAGUGGGAAUGACGAGAAACCGCUGCCGCCGCCCCCGACCGCAGCAUUCGGUGACCUCUUCCGAUUCGCCGACGCUUUGGAUUACAUUCUCAUGGCGGUCGGCACAGUGGGAGCCAUUGUCCACGGUUGCUCCCUCCCCGUCUUCCUCCGCUUCUUCGCCAAUCUCGUGAACUCCUUCGGUUCCAACGCCGACGAUCCCGAGCUCAUGGUCCACCAAGUCAGCAAGGUAGCCGCCGCGCUCUGUCCCCUUCUUCGCCAUUAUAACAGUGGUCAUCUGUGAUCUGAUUUCCAUUUUGCAGUAUUCAUUCUACUUCCUGGUCGUGGGGGCGGCGAUCUGGCUAUCUUCUUGGGCUGGUGCGGCAUCGCGGAGAACGAGUUCUUCCCGUGCCUCUAGAGCAGCUCGCUCCGAUUAAAGUCUUCACUAAAAUUUUCCAAUUCUUGUUCGUGUUCUUGGAUGAACAGAGAUCUCGUGCUGGAUGUGGACUGGGGAGCGGCAGUCGACCAAGAUGAGGAUCGAAUACCUGAAAUCUGCCCUGAAUCAGGACGUGCGCUACUUCGACACCGAAGUCCGCACCUCCGACGUGGUCUACGCCAUCAACACGGACGCUGUCAUGGUCCAGGACGCAAUCAGUGAGAAGGUGGACCGCCCCAAUCCCUGACCUGCGCCGCCGUUGUACCCUCCGUCGCUUCCCUCCUCGGUUGACCUCUGUACCUGCAUCUGAUUUCAGCUGGGCAAUUUUAUACACUACUUGGCGACAUUCGUUUCGGGGUUCGUGGUCGGGUUCACAGCGGCGUGGCAGCUGGCCCUCGUCACCCUCGCCGUCGCUCCGCUCAUAGCCGUCAUCGGCGUCAUCCACACCACAACAAUGGCGAAACUGACCUCGAAAAGCCAGGAUGCCCUCUCCGAGGCGAGCAAUGUAGCCGAGCAGGUGGGCAAAUUCUCGACUCCCCCGGUUUUCCCAGGUCCGAUGUUCUCAACUUUGCUUUGAAAUGGGGGAAACCGGCAGGCGCUGGCUCAGAUUAGGACGGUGCAAUCGUUCGUCGGCGAGGCGAGGACCAUUUCGACCUACUCGGCGGCGCUGGGGGUUGCCCAGAGGAACGGCUACAAGAGUGGAUUGGCAAAGGGCAUCGGCCUCGGCGCCACUUACUUCACCGUCUUCUGCUGCUACGCCCUCCUUCUCUGGUACGGCGGCCACCUCGUCCGCCACCAAUACACCAACGGCGGCCUCGCCAUCGCAACCGUGUUCUCAGUCAUGAUCGGCGGCCUGUACGAAUCCCUGGACUACUCUUAGCUCUCUUUGAACGGAUCGACCUGUUUUUAACCUUCGUCUUCCCCCUUAGGGCCCUCGGCCAGUCGGCCCCAAGCAUGGCGGCGUUCAUGAAGGCGAGAGUCUCUGCGGCGAAGAUCUACAGUACGAUCGACAGCAUGCCCGGAAUCGACCGGAACGGGGAGUCGGGGACGGAGCUGGACGCUGUUACGGGUCAUGUCGAGCUGAAGAACGUGGAUUUUGAGUACCCAUCCAGGCCGGACGUCCCAGUCCUCCGCAAUUUCUCUCUGAGCGUCGCCGCAGGGAAGACCUUGGCACUGGUUGGUAGCAGUGGCUCUGGUAAGAGCACCGUAGUCUCGCUCAUGGAGAGAUUCUACGACCCUACCUCAGGUAACCCACUCCACAAUCUAUAUCAAUAGUUACCAGAUGAAAUUUCGUACAAGAACAGACAAGACUGAUCGAUCUAAAGGUAGUGGUAGAAUGCUUCCCGAGGUUCCCUGUGCCGCCCCAUCCUUUUUUAUCGCCGCACACCGUCAAACGUCUAAGCUGCUGGAUUCUCUUGGUCUUCCAUUACAGGACAAGUCUUGCUGGAUGGACAUGACAUAAGAACGCUGAAGUUGAGGUGGCUGAGGCAGCAGAUAGGGCUGGUGAGCCAAGAGCCGGCCCUCUUCGCCACCUCCAUCAAGGAGAACCUGCUCCUGGGAAGACAGGAGGCCACCCAAGUGGAGAUCGAAGAGGCCGCUAGGGUCGCGAAUGCCCACUCUUUCAUCAUAAAGUUACCCGAAGGUUAUGAUACGCAGGUACCUCCCUUGUCUGUGCGUGCUUUUGCUUCGGUGCCUUCUUCCCCCUCGUCCUCUUUUUUUUCCUUCAUCGUGAUCUAUGUAGUAUUGCUCGCUUUCCUCCUCCCGAUCAUUUCGACGUCCCUUUUCCUCCGAUAACACGCUGACAUCCCAAGCUGCUAUAAUGAACAGAGGAUUAUAAUUAAAAAAGAAAAAGGGGGAGUACUGUUUGAGUCACGCACCGCUCACAGCUCGUAAAAUUUGUCUGUUUCGGGCAUCCCCGGGAAUUAUUAACCAUCCGGCGUGUGAGAUAUUUGACCUUCUCUAUUGUAGUCGGGCCCACUUGGGACUUAAAAGUGUCUGGGGAGUUUACUGAUCAGGGUGAAGCUUCCCCAUCCGGUCGGCAUGUGAUGACAGAUGCUGCCAAAAUCCGCGAAAUGAUGGUGCCCGUCAGCUUUGAUUGGCUUAGCAGGAGUGAAGAGAAGGAGAUUUGCUCUGUCAUGUCUCAUAAAUUCCCUCCCCACAUAGAAUCUAGCCAGUUCUCUUUUUUUAUAUUCACUGUUUGUUUAAUCAACAGUUAGUGAGCUGAGUUCAGCACGAGCAGUGGUGCAGUCCACGCACUGCACUGGGCUGACGAAUUGCUGUCGUCUUCACGUAGGUAGGGGAGCAUGGCCUGCAGCUCUCAGGAGGGCAGAAACAGAGGAUUGCGAUCGCGAGGGCGAUGCUGACGAACCCAGCGAUCCUCCUCCUGGACGAGGCAACGAGCGCGCUCGAUUCCGAGGCGGAGAAGCUGGUGCAGGAGGCCCUCGACCGGUUCAUGAUCGGGAGGACAACGCUCGUCAUCGCCCACCGCCUGUCCACGAUCCGGAAGGCCGAUCUAGUGGCCGUGCUCCAGCAGGGGACCGUCUCCGAGCUCGGCACCCACGAUGCUCUAAUGGCGCAGGGGGAGAACGGGAUCUACGCCAAGCUCAUCCGUAUGCAGGAGAUGGCCCAUGAAGCCACUCUCUCCAACGCCAGGAAGAGCAGUGCCAGGUGCGAACUCCCUACUAGCUGUGUUUUCCAAUAAAAAAAUCUUCUUUUCAUGCUCGUCAUUUCUUUUAAAUCCUUAGGCCCUCGAGCGCUCGUAACUCGGUUAGCUCGCCGAUCAUCUGUCGGAACUCGUCCUACGGCCGGUCGCCUUACUCCCGGCGGCUCUCCGACUUCUCCGCGUCGGACUUCAGCCUCUCCUACGAUCCCGCCCACCGGCCGGAGAAGGUCGCCUUCCGUGAGCAGGCCAGCUCCUUCUGGCGCCUGGCCAAGAUGAACUCCCCCGAGUGGGCCUACGCCCUCGUCGGCUCCAUCGCCUCCAUGGUCUGCGGCUCCUUCAGCGCCAUGUUCGCCUACGUCCUCAGCGCCGUCCUCAGCGUGUACUAUGCGCGGGACUACGACCACAUGAAGAGGGAGAUCGCCAAGUACUGCUACCUUCUGAUUGGGGUCUCCUCUGCGGCUCUCCUCUUCAACACGCUCCAGCAUUUCUUCUGGGACGUCGUGGGGGAGAACCUGACCAAACGGGUUCGGGAGAAGAUGGUGGCCGCGGUUCUCCGGAACGAGGUGGCCUGGUUCGACAUGGAGGAGAACGGCAGCGCGAGGAUCGCCGGGCGCCUGGCCCUGGACGCCCACAACGUCCGGUCGGCAAUCGGCGACCGCAUAUCGGUGAUCGUUCAGAACUCGGCGCUCAUGAUCGUCGCCUGCACCGCCGGGUUCAUCUUGCAGUGGCGCUUGGCCCUGGUUUUGAUCGCCGUCCUGCCAGUCGUCGUGGCCGCCACCGUCCUCCAGGUAACCAGGUAUUCGGCCUUUUCCGUUCCUAGGUUUUGGUUGAAUAACAAACUUAUCUGCGGCCGGCGAUCGCAGAAAAUGUUCAUGCAAGGCUUCUCCGGCGACCUGGAGGUGGCCCACGCGAACGCCACGCAGAUCGCCGGCGAGGCCGUGGCCAACGUCCGCACUGUGGCGGCAUUCAACUCGGAGGCGAAGAUCACCCAGCUUUUCUCAGACAACCUACGGGCCCCCCUCCGCCGGUGCUUCUGGAAGGGGCAGAUCGCCGGUAUCGGGUUCGGCGUGGCCCAGUUCCUGCUCUACGCGUCGUACGCGCUCGGCCUGUGGUACGCAGCGUGGCUGGUGAAGCACGGCGUCUCCGACUUCUCCAAGACCAUCCGCGUGUUCAUGGUGCUCAUGGUGUCCGCCAACGGCGCGGCGGAGACGCUUGCGCUGGCGCCGGACUUCAUAAAGGGCAGCCGGGCCAUCCGCUCGGUCUUCCAGCUGGUGGACCGCAAGACCGAGAUCGAACCCGACGACCCUGAGGGUGCCGCCAUAUUCCCCGACCGGCUCCGCGGGGAGGUGGAGCUCAAGCACGUAGAUUUCGCCUACCCGUCCCGGCCGGAGGUGCCAGUCUUCAGGGACUUGAACCUGCGCGCCCGCGCCGGCAAGACCCUUGCCCUCGUCGGGCCGAGCGGGUGCGGUAAGAGCUCGGUCAUCUCCCUGGUCCAGCGGUUCUAUGAGCCCAGCUCCGGUCGGGUGCUCGUCGACGGCAAGGACAUCAGGAAGUACAACCUCAAGGCCUUGCGGCGGGCCAUGGCGCUGGUGCCGCAGGAGCCCUGCCUCUUCGCCGGCACCGUCUACGAUAACAUCGCCUACGGCCGGGAGGGCGCGACAGAGGCGGAGGUGGUGGAGGCCUCUGCGCUGGCUAACGCCCACAAGUUCAUCUCCGCCCUGCCGGAGGGGUACCGCACCAGCGUCGGUGAGAGAGGCGUGCAGCUCUCCGGCGGCCAGCGGCAGAGGAUCGCCAUUGCCCGCGCGUUCCUGAAGAAGCCGGCGGUGCUGCUGCUGGACGAGGCGACCAGCGCCCUCGACGCCGAGUCGGAGCGGUGCGUGCAGGCGGCGCUGGAGCGCUCCACCGCCGGCCGGACCACCAUCCUGGUGGCGCACCGGCUCUCCACCGUGCGGACGGCCGACGCGAUCGCCGUGAUCGACGACGGCAAGGUAGUGGAGAAGGGCUCGCACUCCCACCUCCUGAGCCAUUUCCCCGACGGGUGCUACGCCCGCAUGAUCCAGCUACAGCGAUUCCCCGCCGUGCGGUCCCUCUCGCCGGCGGCCGCGGGCUCUUCCUCAUGA